CUGAAACCACCUGUUUAACAAACAAACAAACGCUGAUUUAUUCUCGCCAUCAUGAAGCUCAUUUACACCGCCCUCUUCGCUCUCGCUUCCACUGCUGUCAACGCCUGUGACAGUACCCUUUGCGAGGGAGCUAGUGUUCUUCGAGUUGUUCCUUGUACCAAGGAGUGCAUGGGACGACCUUGCCACCUUUAUGAAUGCCCCGACAGCCCAUACACAUACAUCUGCGGAAAGGACAGGACCAAGUGUGAUGAGAUUUGGUAAAUCGCAUGUAGAAAAGAUGGUGCAUGGGGAUGCUUGUUUGGGGAAUUGCCCUUGGAAAGAACAGAAUGAUUCAAGUCUAGAAUAUGGGGUCCUGUAGACUAACUCUUAGUCGUUCUUUAUAUCGUGAUCACGAGAACUUUA